CAAAAGCAUAAAACCUUAAAUUCUCGUCAAACAGAAGAAGAAAUUUAUACGAUCAGAUACAGAAAAUAUAUACUCUACUAAUGUUUGUAUUGCAUUAGUAUUUAUAUCUGGAAAUUUAUUGUUCCUUGGAAUCAAUAUAAUGAACAAUUCUGUGUGAUAACAAUACUAACAAUGCUAUUGUCACUUUAAGUGAUUCGAACGAAAACAAACAGCAAUCGUUUCUACAACAAGGUGCUCGUAUAAGACAUGAUGAUUGCGUUACUGAUGGAAUCAAUACGAUAAGGCGAUUUUUUUGGAGAGGAGAAUUAUUGAAAGUAUACCAAGAGGUCAAACAGAGUUUUGUACUAGGAAUUGGACUUGGUUCAGGAGUGAAAAAAUGAAAAAUUCUCUGUUAUUAAAUAAUUUUGUCCAAGAACGUCCAAAAACGGCUCAUUCAAAACAAUCAAGACCGGGAACUAUUAACAGUAGUAGAAGUAAGAAGGAUCAAAUUGGUCGUUCUCUUUCGAGGCUUUCAUCUGAAUUUCAGUCACCUCGAGAUACAUCGUCAAGACUUGGAUAUAAAGAGAGGCAAAAGAUAUUACAAGACGGAGGGCGUGAAAGUGUCUGUUCUCAAAUUUAUUCUGAUGAGGAUAUAUCUGACUCAGAUCUGGAAGAGGACGAUUAUGUUGACAACAAAUUUGGAAACAAAGCCAACAACUACUGGUCAAGUUUAGAUGAUUCUAUAAAACGGAUUAAUGAUGACAGUGAUAAACUUGCAUUAAAACCUCGUCCUAAUUUUAAAUCGAGUGGUGAUUUUAAAGAUGUUAUGACAGAAAUGUCGGGAAAUACUGAAUACGGAGUAUCUAAGGGUUAUACAUUGUUGAAAGAAAAAAUCAGCCGACUGACUAAUGUUUCGUCUAUAACAGCAUUAGCUUUAUUUCAGGCUACAAAACAAGACAGUGACCAGGAUGAAACAGACAGUAAGAAAAAUGAAAGCGAAAGUGAAGAUGAAUUACAAGAAGAAAUUGUUAGAGAAACCCGGGAAAAAGAAUUAGUAUCGUCAGUAGGUGGUGCAAAGAGAUCUUGGCGCGUCUUGAAAACCCAUGUGAAAGAAACUGCAGUAGAACACCGAACAACGAGUGUAAAAAUGAAUUGGGAGGCUGUAAGGCACCACGUUUCUGGAAUAACAGAUUUAGAUAAAGCACGAAUAGAUUUGUAUCAACGAUAUGGAUUUUUACCAACUGUCCAAGAGGACGGAUCGAAAGUGUGUAAAAAUGUUAUGUGGCUGAAUCGCACACGUGCUAGAAUAAUGGAAAAUCAGAAUGAAAAUUUGAUAAGAGGCAAACUAAGAGCUCAAAGUGCAAGACCUUUUACGGUUCAAAAUUCAGACAGGUAUAGAAGUUUGUCCGGAAGCAGUUUUUCAAAUGGCUAUUCUAGGCCAGCUUCUAGUAAGAUUUCAGAUGUUUCUAAGAUUAGAAUUAGACCUAUGUCAGAAAAGGUAACACGAUCUCGUUUGCGACCGUCAUCAGUGAAACCUCCACACUUAUGAUUAAUUUUACUUGUUAUUUAUAUCAUUUCUUACUUUUACAAUUUAUGCAAUACACAUUUACCUGCAUUUAUCAUGAUCUAAAUGUACACGUACUUCUAGUAUCCUUAUAAUGUAUAACAAAACUAAAAAGGCAUUUAAGUUCUAAAAUUUAAUUGUAAUGUUUUUAUCAUUGUUUUAUUAUUAAUGAACUAUUUAUACAGUGCUUAUUUAUUAAUAUUACAAGAUUAAUUUAUUACUUUAUUGUAUUUUUACAAAUAGUCGGUCAUACCUUUUUAUGUAAUUAAAAAGACCAAAAUCAUACAACA